GCCUUAUUCUGCACCGGUAAUGAAGCAUCAAGACUGGCCGAGUCUGGAUCUCUGCAUGACGCCCUGAUAAUCACUAAAGGGCAACAACAAUUCCAAUGGAGUAAGGGCGACCGACCGAUUAUUCAGCUCUUCCGGCGUAUGGGUGGUCUUGACAAGUCAGUCUCCGUACAAAUACCGUCUCGCAAGGCCAAAACCAAGUCAUUCGAAGUCCGGAACCUACGUGAGGUCCGGAAUCGGUUCCUCGACCAGAACAACACAGGUGACCCGUGGAACAUUCUAGAUCUACAAAGCCCCCUGCCGCAGUCUAUUCUACCAAACUUCCUAACUGGGGAGAACUGCCAACUUCUCCUUCAAGUUCGCAAUACGGCCCUGAUGGAAAAUAGCGCCGAAAGGGUAGUGGCAUCCACGCAGCAAUGGAGCGAGUGGAAGAACGUGCUAGAAUGGGCCCUAUUAUCGGAGGGGGGCCAUAAUACGGCGCCACAUAUGGACAGCCACGGCUUUGCUACGUGGAUCACAGUCCAGGAAGGGUCAAUUGGCUUCGGCUGGAUGUCAUUCCCACCAGAGGAGGAGCGGAAUUUGUGGACGGCCGACCCGUCCUACACCGGUGGCCGAUGGAGAUAUGUUGUCCUCAAGCCAGGCCAGUCUGUCUUCUUCGUGCCAGGCACGAUUCACUUUGUUUUCCGCACGCGCGAGCGACAGACUUUGGCUCUUGGUGGCCACAUUCUCCAGUGGUCGGACAUCAAGCGAUGGAUGCAAGUCGUGCUCGCUGAGAUGAGGAACCCGGCCACUACUAACGAGCACAUGAAGCGGAGCGCGCCGAAGCUGGUCCGUGUCGUGGCGAAGGUCGUCGCAGCCAGAGUGGCGGAUGGGGAAGCAGAGCUACUCGGCGGUGAGGCUGCAGUCAGGCAGUUCUUCGCGCUUGUAAAGGAAUCCGAUCAAAGACCAAGGCGCCCCCUGCCCAAUGGUAGAAGCGGCGGUAAUGAACACUGGCCCCGCCCUUUUGUCCAUGCAGAAUUACCGUGAUUGAGCUCGUAUCUCAGUUGAAGAUAGCUUUUCACGGCCCCCAGCCUGGUCGGUCUCGCCCCAGAGCUGUCAUCCUAGAGGCAUAAUUACUGUAUGGCCCUACAUAGACGUUAGCACCCCGGCCAAGCCUAUAUUUCGGGCAUGUGUCAACUUCCCUAGUAAGACGGGAAAGAGCGUCGAAUGGGGGCUUCCCUAACUUUUUACAGGUACCAAAUGUCGGACCAGUGCCGUUCAGUUGUUUGACCUUUUGCUGUACCGCGGCAAAUGCGUAGGUAACUAAGUUCAAUUUAGCAUGUGCAUGGUGAAAGACGUGUAACUUCGUGAUAGAUAUAACUGUGAAAGUUCUUCCUUGAGCAGACGAAAUACAAUA